CCUAAUGUUUUCUAAGUCCAAAAAAGAAGAACCAAAAUAGAAAUUCACCUUAACCCUUGUAUUUAUUGUUUAUUUAGCCUAGUAACAAUUAGAUAUUCUAUUAAUGAAAGCUAAAUAAUAUAUUAAUAUUGACAAAGAUAAAAAGAUAAAUGAUGCCUUGGAUUAAGAAAAAAGAUUACUUGCUAUGCUCAAAGCACCUUAAAGAAAUAGAAAGGAUGAAGAAGUACAAGUCAUUAAAAUUGCCAAUCUCGUUAAUAAGAUUGAAGCAUAUGAGAAAGCUAUUAUGUAUAAAAAAUUAAUAUAUUCCUCUUAGUUAAAUAUCCAACUUAGAUCAAUUCAAGGGUUAGAUUAUAACAAGUUAAGGGGACUCUACCAAAGUCGCACAAUUCAUUCCGUAAAAUUUCUAUCUCUAUUGUUAGUUAUAUCGCCAGUGUUUGUUACUAUAUUGAAAAUAGUGGUGAUUUAAGGGGGGCUGUUGAUCUCAAAUAAAAUCUGAAUGAUUAUUAUGGCUGUGAUAUUGUCAAUAAAUUUGACUAAUCGGUUGAUCCUAGUGCUAAACUACUCUUUGGUAUUUUAAAUAUCUAAUCUCCAUCUGUUUAAAAAUAUGCAUAAGAUUUUAGUAAAAAAUAUUAGGUUCUUGAUGUUCCAGGAUUAAUCUAUUAGCCAUAACAAUAAUAACAAUCUUAUAAUCCUAAUUAAUACCCUUAAUAAAUUCCUUAGUAAGGAGGUACAGGUUAUCCAUACUAAGGUGGUGCGGGUUAUCCAUAAUAAGGUGGAUAUCCAUAAUAAGGUGGAUAUCCAUAAUAAGGUGUAUAUCCUUAAUAAGGUGGAUAUCCUUAAUAAGGUGGAUAUCCUUAAUAAGGUGGAUAUCCUUAAUAAGGCGGAUAUCCAUAAUAAGGUGGCGGAUAAUAAUAGUAAAUUAUUGGAUAACAGUAAUCAAAUUUAUAAUAACAAUAAUACCAACAUUAAUAAUCUUAACAUUAUUAAUAAUAAAUAUCAUAAAAUAACUUUUAUCCUAAUCCUUAUGAGCAAAUAAAACCUUUUGGUUAAUAAAAUAUUUAUUAAAAUAAUCCUAAUCAAUUUUAACCUUAGAUAUCUCAGCCUCAAAUAAUUGGGAUGCUAUAAAAAUAAUCUUCGAAUUAUAAUUAUCCAUUAGAAUAAUAAUCAGUUUAUAAUAAUAACUAAUAGGUUUAAAAAACUCAUUUAGAAUUUGUUCCUUUAUAAUAAUAAUAAUAAUAAUAAUAAUAAUAAUAAUCAUAAUAAUAAUAAUAAUCAUAAUAAUAAUAAUAAUCAUAAUAAUAAUAAUAAUCAUAAUAAUAAUAAUAAUAAUAAUAAUAAUAAUAAUCUGUAGAUCCAUUUGCAAUUUUGAAUCAACCAAGAUAUUAAAUGGUUGAUUUGCCUCCUAUAAAUUAAUAAUCAUAAGUACAACCUUUUAAUCCAUAGAACUAAAGUAAAAAUGGUUUUAAUUAAAACUAACAAGUUUCUAAUAUUCAGUAAUCUCAAAAUUAAAGUAAUUUAUUAUUAUCAAAUUAUUAGCCAAUAAUAUAAACUUUGGAUCAAACUAAUUUAUAUAGAAUAACUAACAUUUAAGUGGAAGUAAGUUUAGAUAAUAAAUUUAGCAUAAUUAUCCGAUCCUCUGAGUAGUUAAUUGAGUAGUGAGCACAUUUUUGAAACAAAAACACUUAAUUAAGAAAUGGCACAUAGCUAGCCUCUUCCAAUAGAAAAAUCUUUGGAGAUUAAGAUUAUAAAUCACGAUUUGCGUUCUUUGGAAAUAAUGCAUAAAUAUAAAAAUGGGUCAGGUUAAUCAACUAAGUAGUCAUUGAAUUAAUUAUAAAACAUUGGUUUAAGUAUUUGAGAGAAUGAUGCAUAUAUUUUUCAAGGAU